CACCUGACAUGUCGAUCGUUCUUGCAACGCUUCGCCACAUCCUUUCUGCCUCCGUCAGAGCGCAGCAGCCUAGGUGAUAAGCCCACCGGGACCGAAUGGCCGCCAUGGGCAUGGUCGUCAGAGCAUGCGCGCCUCCUGCCGCCGUGGGCGCUGCCUCCGCCGCACCCUCCACCAGGGACGCUGCCCAGGUGAAGAGAUCGCCCUCGAGGACCGCCCGCGUGCUCGUGCUCGGCGGCACCGGCCGCGUCGGAGGCUCCACGGCCACCGCGCUCUCCAAGCUCCGCCCCGACCUCAGCAUCCUCGUCGGAGGCAGGAACCGGGAAAAAGGUGAAUCCUUCGCAUCUAAACUGGGAGAGCGAUCUGAGUUUGUCCAAGUUGACACCCGCAACGCAAGAAUGUUGGAGGAAGCGCUACAGGGUGUGGAUUUAGUUGUCCAUACUGCUGGGCCUUUCCAAAGGUCGGAGGAGUGCACCGUAUUGCAGGCAGCGAUAUCUACAAAGACAGCGUAUAUUGAUGUUUGCGAUGACACUGACUACUCCUGGCGAGCAAAAGGUUUCCAUGAACAAGCGAAAUCCGCUGGUGUCCCAGCUAUUACUACUGCCGGCAUAUAUCCUGGAGUGAGCAAUGUGAUGGCUGCUGAACUUGUCAAUGCUGCAAGAAGUGAAAAUUAUGGCGAACCUGAAAGACUAAGAUUCUUUUACUAUACUGCAGGUUCUGGUGGUGCGGGCCCAACAAUACUGGCAACAAGUUUCCUGCUUCUUGGGGAGGAUGUAAUUGCAUACAACAAGGGAGAAGAAAUCAAACUGAAGCCCUACAGUGGAGCUCUGAACAUUGAUUUUGGAAAGGGGGUCAGAAAGAAAAAUGUUUACUUAUUGAAUUUGCCUGAAGUGAAGAGUGCCUUUAAGAUUUUAGGUGUGCCAACUGUCAGUGCUCGAUUUGGUACUGCUCCUUUUUUCUGGAAUUGGGGAAUGCAGGCUUUCGCAAACUUCUUACCUGUUGAGUUCUUGAGGGAUAAAAAUAAGGUUCAAAAGUUAGUCAAGUCAGUUGAUCCUUUGGUCCGAGCAAUUGAUGGCAUUGCAGGAGAGCGUGUUUCCAUGAGAGUAGACUUGGACUGUUCAAAUGGCCGGAAUACCAUUGGACUAUUUACUCAUAAGAAGCUAUCUGUAUCAGUGGGAUUUGCAACAGCUGCAUUUUCUUUGGCGGUUCUUGAGGGCAACACCCAGCCAGGCGUUUGGUUUCCAGAAGAGCCAGAGGGAAUAGCAGUCGAAGCGAGGAAGCUGCUUCUUGAGCGUGCAUCUCAAGGGACAAGCAACUUCGUGAUGAACAAGCCUUCCUGGAUGGUAGAAACUGAUCCGAAGGAAGUCGGGCUAGGAAUUUAUGUGUGAGAAGAUUAAGUGUGCUUAAAUUCUUGGAUGCUUGACAGAGCUUGACUAAAUCUUGGGAGUAAAGAGAAGUUGAAUGUGACAGCCAGUAGCAUGUUGAAGUCCCCCAGAUUGAGCGCAAUUUUGUUGUAUGAUUGGUUGGGCUAUUUUAUUUUAUAUUUGAAAGGGUUGUAUAUGAAACUGAUGGUUAUAAGGAGAAACUAUUAUGGGCGAGUAAAACAUUUUUUUCACAAGUGAUACACUUGAAUGGUAGUGGAAGCAUGGUAAA